GGAGCCCUGCGGGGGAGGCCUGCCCGCGCACCGCCCGGGUGGGGGCCGCGGCCGAGGGCUGCCCUUUUCUUUCCAGAGGGCCCGCUGCCCCCAGGUGCUGCUGCCUGCGGGCUGGGAAGAGCUUGGGUCUCCCGGGAUUGAAGCCGGGGAGCUGCCACCUUCCCAGCCGGGAUGUGCAGGGGAGGAAGAAGGGGUCGGCCCGUUUGCCAGGGGAGGGCAUGGGGAGUAUUACGCCCCGAUCCAGGGGUUCACGGCUAAAAAGACACCCCGGGGAGAGGGUGGGGCGGAGGUGGAACCCUGGAUGCCAGAAAAAGUGGUGUGGCACCUUACACCAGGCCGGCUUUGGUGGAGGUAGGUCAGGAGGAAAGAUAGAAAACAAUAGAGGAAGACGUGUGGUCUUGAAGACAUUCCCCUCUGGGCUGUUGCUGGCUAGAAGCUUUCUUUUCUUCCAAGAUCGAUUGUGUCCUGUGCUGAAGAUGUUUCCAGAACAACAGAAAGAGGAGUUUGUAAGCGUCUGGGUUCGAGAUCCUCGGAUUCAAAAAGAGGACUUUUGGCAUUCUUAUAUUGACUAUGAGAUAUGUAUUCAUACCAAUAGCAUGUGUUUUACCAUGAAAACAUCCUGUGUGCGAAGAAGAUACAGAGAAUUUGUGUGGCUGAGGCAGAGACUCCAAAGUAAUGCAUUGCUGGUACAACUGCCAGAACUUCCAUCUAAAAACCUGUUUUUCAACAUGAAUAAUCGCCAGCAUGUAGAUCAGCGUCGUCAGGGUUUGGAAGAUUUCCUGAGAAAGGUCCUCCAGAACGCACUCCUGCUCUCAGAUAGCUGUCUCCACCUCUUCCUGCAGAGCCAUCUGAAUUCGGAAGACAUCGAGGCUUGCGUUUCUGGGCAGACUAAGUACUCCGUAGAAGACGCCAUUCACAAGUUUGCCUUGAUGAACCGGCGUUUCCCUGAAGAAGACGAAGAAGGAAAAAAAGAAAACGACAUAGAUUAUGAUUCAGAAAGUUCAUCCUCUGGGUUUGGACACAGUAGUGAUGACAGCAGUUCACACGGAUAUAAAAUGAGCACCACUCCACAGGAAUCCUGAAAAAUAAUCCUCAUGUUACCAUCUUAGGAAGAGCAAAUGAUGUCCACUCAUGGAGGAGAAAGCUUGCUAAUAAUAUAUCCUUACCUAAAGCUCACUGUCAUGACAUUAGGCAUUUAAAUUCUUAAAGAUGUUGCGUUGUUUAUUAGUUAUUUUUAUGUUGUCUUAUUUCUGGCUCAGCUUCUGUAAAAAGCUAAAAGGCCUGUGAAUGCAAGUCCCCUUUAGAGGCAAACAUGGGCAAAAACAAGAUCCUGCCCUGGAAUGAAAUGAUAGAUCUGUUUAGAAAAACCUACUUGGUUUUACUCAAUUUUAAAAAAUAGGUAUAUAGGUAGCCUGCAUUUAAAAAUCCAGAUAGCGCUUUCCUUCUUGUAUCCGUGGUACAGUGUUCGCAUAAACACAGCUUGUAUGAUCUUAACCACUGUGGAGCCUGACGGCAUAGAGCAGGCCGCCUCUGCAGACAUGUGGCUGAUAUUUUGUGGGCACCUCCCCUGCACUGGGAAAGACACUUUUUGCUUUUGGGUGUUUGAUUGAAAUAUUUUAAGAAGCUUCACCUUUCCAGUAUUUUAUGUCACACUUAGAUGGAAAAGUGUAUCUUAUGAAUAGAGACAUGUUAAAAUAAAGUUGAUGUCUUAGACAAUAACAGAAAUAGUGAUAGUCAUGUUGCUUAUAUUUACAAUAUACAGAUUCAGAAAUACAUUUUCAUUGUCUAGAUUCACACAUGGUUUCUGGAAACAAAUAGUUUGCUUUCAUUAUCGUGUGAUUAGAAUUUACGGGUUAACUAUUUUCGGACUAAAUGUGCAAUUUCUUAUCACUAGGUAACUUUCAGUGUCAAUGGUGGUUCUUUGUCACUUAUUUUCAAGUUAGAAGUGGGAUCUUAUAAAAAUUAGUAAGUUUAUCAAUAAAUAUUCCCGUAAUUUAGAAAAGAAUGUCAACUUGCUAAUUUAAGAAUUAUUCAUUUUUAAAAAGCCCUUUCUUUAAAGGUGUCUGCCUGAGGAUUGGUACAUUUAAUAAAAUGUCUUCUUUUUUAGUGGCCCAAAGAUAAAAGGUCUUAGAUAAACUACACUGAACUUCAAAUUUCAGAUGAGGCAGCAUUUUCUUGAGAUAAUUAUCCAAGUUUCUUCUUCAUUGAAUGGUAUGAAAUAUCUCUGAAACCACCAGGAAGAUAUUUUUACAUAACCGAAACGACUUGUUGCUUUAAUUAAAUGUUACCUCACCUCGUUUUAUUUUAACUGGGAAUUUAAAAGUUACUGUAUUAUUAAAAAGUCUUUGAAAUGCUCAUAACUAAGAACAGAAAAAAAUUAAAUUUAGAAUAAGAAUGAUCUUAAUUUUUCCUUCUUGUGUUUUGUUUGGUCCAAAACAUUAUUGAGCUUUUGUAAAUAUUUUGAUUUAAUGUAUCUCAGAUCUUGUUACUUUAUCAUCUGAGACUUAUUAUUUUAAUACAGGGGAAAAAAGAUUUAGCAAUUUCUUUUUAUCUUGCUAACGUGUGAAGUUUGCCAUCCAGUCAUUUAAGAGCGAUCCUUAGCUUGCUGGCAAUGUGUAUUUGAAUUCACAUCAUUUCUGUUUUACAGCAGUUUUUGAGAAGCAUGUAAUGUGCCACCGAUUAUCAUAUUAUUUUUAGAUGAUGUAACAUAGCCAUCAAAAUUGACAUUAAGUAUGCCUACUACUGUGGUAUGUAAACUUCAUAAGAUCAUCGUUUUCACAUUAAACGUGAAAAAAUCAA